AUGUCGCACCAGACGGGUAUCCAUGACUUAAGAGAGUUCCUGGUGAAGGCGAGGAGGGGAGCUGUCAGACUGGUGAAGGUUGUUAUAAGGAGCGAGCAGCUGGUGUUGGGAGCUUACAAAGAGGUGUCUCAGAGCUGGGAUCAGGACUAUGAUGUAUAUGUCCUGCCCAUGCUGGACGGUCUAGAACCCUGUUAUAUCCUUUACCGCCUCGACACACAGAACCAACUGGGAUAUGAGUGGCUGUUUAUCUCCUGGUCACCAGACCACUCACCAGUGAGGUUAAAGAUGGUGUACGCUGCUACCCGAGCCACACUGAAGAAAGAGUUUGGUGGAAGUCACCUCAGAGAUGAACUGUUUGGAACAGUCCAAGAAGACAUCUGUUUCCAAGGUUAUCUGCGACACCUGUCUUCCUCUUCCACCCCGGCCCCUCUCACUACUGCUGAGCAACAGCUCCAUCAGAUUAAAAUAACAGAGGACAAAGUGGCACGGGAUGAGCGAAGAUGGAUUCCCACUGUGAGCGGACAAGCAAAGACAGAGAUCAGCGUGGAGAGUAAAAAUCCAACUUUGCAGGGUUUGGCAUUUCCAUUGCAAGAAGAGGCUAAACAUGCUUUACAGCAGCUUAAACACAAACGCAUCAACUACAUCCAACUAAGGCUGGACACCGAGCGAGAGACAAUUGAGCUGGUCCACACUAGUCCUACAGAGACCAAAGAGCUGCCAAGCAGAAUCCCAACUGAUGCCCCACGAUACCACUUUUUCCUUUACAAACACACCCAUCAAGGACAGGCACUGGAAGCUGUAGUUUUCAUCUACUCCAUGCCUGGGUAUAGUUGUAGCAUCAAAGAAAGGAUGCUUUACUCCAGCUGUAAGAAUCGACUGCUGGAUGAGGUAGAGAGAGACUAUCACAUAGAGAUCGCCAAAAAGAUGGAGAUUGAUAGUGGAGAGUGCCUGACAGAGGAUUUCCUGUAUGAAGAAGUUUACCCGAGGCAGCAUGCUCUUAAACAAGCCUUCACCAAGCCAAAGGGCCCAACAGGGAAACGAGGGAACAAGCGUCUAAUCCGAGGAGCUGGAGAGAAUGGAGAUGAGAGCUAGAAUCAUACAGUCAAAACAUGUCAAAUGGCAUCUGAUACAACGGUUUAAUUUCUCCCCUCAAUGGCCUGUAGCCUAUUUCUUGCCUGAGCUAUCCUUUUCAUAGUUAUGAUUUUUUAUGUUAGAUUUUAACUAGUCUUUUUUCA